AUGGAACAAAGGCGACAUGAAACACGGAGAGCGCGGAAAAAAUGGACUACAAUCACAAUGCUUCUGGUGGCGUUUUGGAGCAGCGUUUCAGCACAACUCCGGUAUUCUGUCCUCGAAGAAGUUCCAGAGGGAACUGUUGUUGGAAAUAUCGCGAAGGAUUUAGGUCUUGAUAAAACCACGCUGAAAGAGAGGGGCAUCCGUAUUGUGUACGGAUCAACAGAGCCGCCUUUCAUAGUGAGGCAAGAUGAUGGUGUCUUGUACGUGGAAGGAAAAAUUGACCGAGAGGAAAUCUGUGAACGAAGAAAGGUUUGUACUAUUGACUUAAAAACGGUGCUUCAAAACCCGCUGGAGAUUCAUCACGUCGUUGUGGAGAUUCUGGAUGUAAAUGAUCACUCACCAGUCUUCCCACAAAAAGAAAACAUAUUAGAGGUUUCUGAAUCUGCGCUGCCUGGCGCAAAAUUCCAGUUGCAAGCUGCGCGGGAUGCUGACAGUGGUUUAUUAUCCGUUCAGCAAUAUAAGUUGAGUAAUAAUGCACAUUUUCGUUUAGACGUAAAAGAUCGAGGUGAGGACCGUAAAACACCUAGUUUAGUUCUUGAAAAGCCACUCGACAGAGAAUCAGUUAAAAGCCAUGUGUUGCUCCUGACAGCAUUAGAUGGAGGUAAACCUCCAAGAUCUGGUAAUAUGACAAUAAUUGUUAAUGUUUCCGAUGUUAAUGAUAACCCUCCAGUUUUCAGUCAGGAAUCAUAUACUGUGUCUCUGAAAGAAAACUCCCCUGUUGGUACGACUGUGAUCCAAGUUAAUGCAACCGAUUUAGAUGAGGGUCCUAACGGUGAGGUCGAAUAUUCAUUUGGAAAUGACGUGGAUGCACGGAGUCGUGAAAGCUUCAGUUUAAAUCCUUUGACUGGAGUCAUUGUUGUAGCAGGAGCCAUUGAUUUCGAGGAGAACAGCAGAUAUGAAAUUGAUGUGCAGGCAUCCGACAAAGGUACAGCAACACUGAACACAGAAAAAAGUGUAUUAAUCAACAUUGUUGAUAUAAAUGACAAUGAACCAGAGAUUGAAGUGACGUCAUUUUCUCAUGUGCUCCCAGAAGAUUCAAAACCGGGGACAACAGUGGCGUUGAUUAGUGUAAAGGAUGCUGAUUCUGGUCUGAACGGAAAAGUUAUGUGUUACAUAAACAAUGACCUUCCCUUUCUGUUAACUCCUUCCUUACAAAAUAACAUGUAUUCUCUGGUAACUAAAACUGUUCUAGACCAAGAACAAAAAUCUCAAUAUAAUGUACUAAUCAUCGCUAAAGAUGCAGGAGAGCCAAGCUUACAUUCAGAAAAAAAUAUUAAAGUAGACGUAUCUGAUGUAAAUGACAAUGUACCUGAAUUCUCUCAAAACCCAUACACUUUUUACGUUUAUGAGAAUAACGCCCCAGGUGAGAAAAUUGUUUCUGUAACAGCCCGUGAUAAAGACGACGGUAGUAAUGCAAUAAUUUCAUAUCAAAUUUUAAGAAACACAGAAGUAACAAAUAUGCCGACAUCUUUUAUAAAUGUCAAUUCUGAAGCUGGAGACAUUGUGGCUUUGAAAAGUUUCGACUUUGAAACUCUGAAAACUUUCCAGUUCCAAGUUGUCGCCUCAGAUUCUGGGUCUCCGUCACUGAGCAGCAACGUCACAGUGAACGUGUUCAUUCUGGAUCAGAACGACAACGCUCCAGUCAUCCUGUAUCCAGUCAGCUCCAACGGUUCUGCUGAAGGUGUGGAGGAGAUUCCCCGCAAUGUGAACGCAGGACACUUGGUGACUAAAGUCAGAGCCUAUGACGCUGAUAUAGGAUAUAACGGCUGGUUGCUGUUUUCACUGCAGGAAGUUACUGACCACAGUCUCUUUGGUUUGGACCGCUACACAGGACAGAUCAGAACACUUCGCUCGUUCACAGAGACAGACGAGGCUGAGCAUAAACUGGUCAUACUGGUCAAAGACAAUGGCAACGUUUCCCUCUCAGCAACAGCUACUGUGAUUGUCAAACUGGUGGAGCCCAAAGAGGCUUUUGCAGCUUCUGAUGUUAAAAGUGCAGCAAAGGAUGAUGAGGAUAAUAAUGCGACUUUUUACCUGAUGAUCACUUUGGGCUCAGUUUCAGUUCUGUUUAUCAUCAGUAUCAUCGUGCUGAUUGCAAUGCAGUGCUCCAGAUCCACAGACUAUACUUCUAAAUAUCUCCCAGAGACUAAUUAUGAUGGGACACUGUGCCACAGCAUCCAGUACAGAUCUGGAGACAAACGGUACAUGUUAGUUGGACCCAGGAUGAGUAUAGGAUCUACUAUAGUACCUGGAAGUCAUGCAAACACACUGGUGCUACCUGACAGGAGGAGGACAUGUGAAGAGGUAAGAUGAACAAUUUAACCUUGAAAUGUUUCGACCUGAAUAUAAUUUCUUUAUCAUGUCAAGAGUGUUGCCUUGUUUCGUAGUUUGGUAUUUAAAUAUUCUUAGAUUUUUGUUAUGUAAAUUGUCGGGGAGUUACGUGUGUGCAUUGAACUUUGUGGACUGCUGGAAUCCUAGUUGAACUUUUCUCUCUAAACUUUCUUUCGCCUCAAAUGACAAAUAUCAAUAGUGCAUUUAAAUGCCUACCUUACUGACAGAAACGUGUUUUUGGAAGGUUUUUUCUCAUCAUGAGCAACUAAAAUGAGAAAUGGUGCAUCUUGGAAGAAAAGGUUUACAGCGGUCUAGAAAAAUAUAUGCUUAGACACUUGGUGUCAGUGAUGCUCAGGCUAUCCGCAGAGUCGCACCACGUAACAUCCUGAAACACA